CGUUGCGCCGGUUGUGCGUAUGACGAGCAGCAGGAAGACACACUUUUCGACAAGCGGAAAGAUGUUAGGAAAGGACUGAAAAGCGCCCUCUAUAAAAGCGCUCUGAAGGGGGCUAAAGGGGUACUGAAGAUGGGGUCUGUAAAGAUUGAUAUAGUUCAACCUGGUCGGAACCAGAGCAGCACUGGGACAUGUUGGCGUUGGCUGGUCAGCCUUGCGCUCUUUGCAUCGUUUCUUGGGCUGGGAAUGGCAAUCUCUAUAUUAGGCCCUACAUUUGAAGACCUGGCUACUAACGUCAACCAGGACAUCAGUAAUUUGUCCUACAUCUUUGUGGGUCGUUCGUCGGGAUACAUUGGAGGCUCACUAUUAGGAGGGAUCCUAUUUGACUGUAUGAAUCCACACCUCUUGCUCGGCUUUUCCUUACUGCUCACGGCAGUUGGGAUAUCUGGCACAUCUUACUGUAAACAGGCUUGGCUGCUUACCGUAUUCAUGUGUAGUGUGGGGGUGUCAAUGGGAGUUUUAGAUACAGGUGGUAAUGUUCUUAUACUGAACACGUGGGGAGAGCACGCCGGACCACAUAUGCAAGCCCUGCACUUCAGCUUUGCCGCUGGAGCAUUUGUUUCCCCAAUCAUAGCCAAGUUGUUUGGCGACAGUUCAGACAACAACACUAUUUACCCACUUCUGACUGGCCACCCAUCUAAAACUUUUGGCGCCACUUUGCCAUUCACAGAUACCAAAAGUUCCACUCCAACAUCCAUGUGGGCUUAUAUAGUGAUUGGUGCUUUUGUUUUAUUGGUGUCACUCAUCUUUUUCCUCCUGUACUCUUGCAGUCCCCCCACCUCAAAUUGGGCAAAGACGUCCCCAGGAAAGCAGAAGUUCUCCAAACACCACAAUAUUCUCAUAUUCCUGCUCUCUAUGUUCUUUUUCUUCUAUGUUGGAAGUGAAGUGGCAUACGGCUCUUUUAUAUUUACGUACGCCAAAGACUAUGCCCAUAUGCAUGAUGAGGCGAAGGCAGCAGGUCUAAAUUCACUCUUCUGGGGAACGUUCGCUGCUGGACGAGGUUUGGCCAUCUUCUUUGCGGCUUGUCUGCGCCCAGGCACCCUGGUCUUGUUUAGUCUAGUAGGCACUACGGUUUCAUCACUGCUCCUGGUGCUUUUUAGCGACAAUCACCCUAUGCUCUGGGCCUGCACUGGCCUGUAUGGGCUCUCUAUGUCGACCACCUUUCCCAGUGGCAUUUCAUGGGUGGAGCAGUACACGACGGUGACGGGGCGAUCAGCUGCAGUGUUUGUAGUUGGCACAGCACUCGGUGAGAUGGUGCUGCCAUCCCUGCUGGGCUUUUUACUUGGGCAUGUGAGGAAUCAGCCGUUGGUGAUGUACCUGGCACUCGGGACAUCCGCCUUCACCUCCAUUCUCUUCACUGUCAUGUACAAAUUAGCAUCGCCAGGAAGGGAUGGUGUCCUGUGGAAAGCGACGGGCAGACGUACCAAGGAGGCCGAUGACAGCGAGUACCGUCAAGCCCUGCUGGACAAUGUGGAGGAUGAGGAGGAGCAGGAGAACGAUGGUUUGCCGAUAGUAAUCAAUACAUCAAAUACCAUGGUAUUUUACCACAAUAAAACCAUGGUUAAUUUUUGAAAGGUAAAUCAAUGGCACUGAUAUAUGUUAAGACGGGGAUCUCCAACCUUUUUGUGAGCAAGGUCUACAACGCAUAAAACAUUCUAGAGGGUUACUUUUUGAUAUAGUGUACUCCAAACGUUUUGUUUUAAUUGUUGAUUUUAUUUUAUUUUACUUGUUUAUAUGUUUUAGUAUUGUUUAAAAUGUUAACAUACGUAAACCAAGCCAAGCUAAUAUAAAAAUAUGUAAUAAAUAUUACAAUUUAAACUAUUAAUAGAAUGUGCUUUGGCGGGCACCUCACAGACUCUCUGGGGGCUACCUGCGGGCACCACGUUGGAGACGUGAAUCUCUGAGAUAUCAUGGGAAACGUAGGAAUGCAUAUGAAAUACUGUGAGUACCGUUUCUGCAAUGAUUUUAGUGUUUAAGCAAUUGCUGUUUAUUUUUGCAUACAGGCUAAAAUAACAUACUGUAACUAAACAUAUAACAAAUGGAAGAAUACAUUUGCCCAAACUAAAUACAUUAAUAAGAUUCUCUUUAAGCGCAGCAUCGAUCUGAAUUGUAUGACUUCUAAUGUACUGGUUCACUUCUGUUAUCAUCAUUGUUUGCCAACUGAAGAACAUUCUUGACAGAUGUGGUAGGCGAAACAUCUUCAUACCUCUUUAUGAACCUGUUGAGGUCGAUCAAUUUACAGCCCCAUCGAUCUUCUUUGCGGAGUCGGAGCAUCUCCCUGUCCAAUGUCUCCAUCACAUGUUUACCUGCCUCCUCAGAGGUCGGGGCAAAGCUCACCAAAGUUUGCCCUAAAUUAUCAUUGUAGACUAUCUCGGCUCCCUAACAAUUAAUUAGGCAUCUGAUCAGCAUGACUUUAAUCGCUGGAUUUCAAAACACAAAAAUGUUACUGCAACAAAACAACUGAAGAUCUGUGAGUCCUUAACAGAAUUCUGCAGAAAAGAAACUUUUAAUUAUUAUAUAUUUUUUAUCUAUAAAGGUUAUGCAUUGACGUCACUUUUCCACGUGACCACUCGAGAGCUCAGCCGGUUGAGUGACAAAACGUGCAACAAAAUGGCUGGUUUUCAUAGGGGCUGCUGCGAAAAUGCCAGUAAAACUGACUAUUAUCAGCUUAAAUUAAAUUUAGUUGGACUUGAUAGCAGAGGUGGACAAUACUAAGUUACAUUAGUUACAUUUUCCAAGAAUCUGUGCCGAGAUUAUUUUCGAGUGAAGUAUCCUCGAAAAUAAUGUAAUUACAUUACCAUUUAAUUAAAUAUGAAUUAUGAAUGUUUCACUGUUACAAAUAACCGCCGGCAAUCUUUUUUGUGAUUUUAAUAUAGUAAAAGUGUAGGAAUUAUAUUUUUAGCAGAUUGAUAGCCAUUAAUAUAGCCAUAUUUCUGCUACAAAAAUAAAAGAUGAACUGUGUUGCUGUAAUUGCUUAACUGAGAUAACCACAGUUAUCUUUGGGUCACCAUUAACUGUUUGCCGUCAUUUCUCGGGGUAUCUUCUUUGUGUUCGUCGGAGGAGGGGGAUGCGUGCGGGUUUGGAGCAGCGUGGGGAUGGGUGGAUGGUGGCGGAGUUUUUCAUUUUGAAGUGAACUAUCUUUAACUCAAGUCACUUUUACUCCUGUUUUAUUCUUUUUAACAUUUUAAACUGUUUUUUAUUAAAAUCACAUUUAUUUUCUUUAAUUGUUAUUUUAAAUUCUCAUGUAUCUUUGUUUUUAUUGUGAUUUUAUUGUGUACUGUAUCUCUUAUUUUUACAUUUUCUUUUUUAUAUAUUGUUUUCUCAUUUCUGUGUAAAGCACUUUGAAUGACCUCUGUGUAUGAAAUGUGCUAUACAA